CAAGAAUUUAUGCUUCGUUGAUGGGACCAAAGUAAAGCGAUGAAGUAAUGAGCAUAGAGAAAAGGUAGCAGAAGAAGAAGAAACAGACACCAGUCUUCCAUGGCCAAAAUCAUUGGCAAGAGCAGAAGAAGAACAACUCAAGUAUGUCACAGAAUGGUUCAUCAUGUCAACCUUAACUGCAACCUGUUCCAUAGGGUGUCCUUUCUUGGUCGUUUCAUCUGGGACAGGAUCUUUCUCUGCUGUCUUGGAAGGCCUUCACCUGCCCCUUACCUCAGACUGCCCCUCCGUAGCGUCCCUUCCACGGCCACCGUGCACGGUGGCUCCUCCCUGCAUGGACACCCCAUCACCACCCCAUGUGACUCUGACUCUGAUUUGGUCAACCUCAAGAUCAGUUUGCUUGGUGAUUGCCAUAUUGGAAAAACCAGUUUUGUGAUCAAGUAUGUGGGGGAUGAGCAAGAAAAGAGGAGCUUGCAGAUGAAGGGACUUAAUCUGAUGGACAAAACAUUAUCAGUUCAAGGAGCAAGAAUUUCUUUUAGUAUUUGGGAUGUUGCAGGUGACACAGGUUCUCUUCAUCAAAUUCCAAUGGCUUGCAAAGAUUCAGUUGCAAUUUUGAUCAUGUUUGAUCUCACCAAUCGUUGUACACUGAACAGUGUUGUGGGGUGGUACAGUAAGGCAAGAAAGUGGAACCAGACUGCAAUUCCCAUUCUGAUAGGAACCAAAUUUGAUGACUUUGUUAGACUUCCUCCUGAUGUGCAAUGGACAAUUGUAACACAGGCAAGGGCAUAUGCAAGGACAAUGAAAGCUACGCUUUUUUUCUCAAGUGCAACCCACAAUAUAAAUGUGAACAAAAUCUUCAAGUUUAUCAUGGCCAAACUCUUUAACUUGCCAUGGAAAUUGGAACGAAAUCUGACACUAGGAGAGCCCACUAUUGACUUUUGAUAUGUAUUUCACAUUUAUAUGUAAAUAGCAGGACAGCGAAAACAACAUUUUAAAGGAAAAAAAAACAUUCAUAUUGACUAAA